CUUUGAACAUUUUGUUAACUCUAAGUAACAUUACAUCUAUGUGUCAACUAACUCUCAUUAGAAUAUUAGUAGACUGUCUGGUUAAUAUCUGCGAACUCUUUGUGAUGGUCUUCCAACAGACAUUUACUGACUAUAAGAAACUUUGCAAGUACAUGUCAACUUAUUCUAACCCUAACCCUACCAGUCUAAUAGUACAGUAGACACUCUAAUGAGAGCUCGCAGAUAUGUAGGUGCAACAUUACGUAUAGUCAACAGAAUGUGCAAAAGGGGACCAUCAAAAUAAAAUGUAACCAAAAAUAAUAAUAAUAAUAAAAAGGCCUGUUAAUAUUUUUCUGUGUUACCACCUUCCCCCCGUCUCCUUCAGUGGCUGCAUUCAAUCUUUUGGUUUGGCACACCCUCCCAGUGCAGUGUCAAAUGAGAAUAUAUUAGCCAGCUGAUGUAGUGCACUCGCUAAACCUGGACAAUAACCAGGAGAACCGCAGGAGGGACAGCUGGAGAACUUAAGAAGAACAAUGAGUAACAUGGCAAGAGAGAUACUGGCGUUUAUCCUCACGACCUCGGGGUGGGUGCUGGUGUCCUCCACCUUACCUACAGACUACUGGAAGGUGUCUUCAAUCGACGGCACGGUUAUCACCACAGCCACCUUCUGGUCCAACUUGUGGAAAACAUGUGUGACUGAUUCUACCGGAGUCUCCAACUGCAAAGACUUCCCUUCAAUGCUGGCACUGGAUGGUUAUAUCCAGGUGUGUCGGGGACUGAUGAUCGCUGCAGUCUGUCUGGGUUUCUUUGCAUCGAUCUUUGCUCUGAUCGGCAUGAAGUGCACUAAGAUCGGUGGUCCUGACCAAACCAAAGCCAGAAUCGUCUGCUUGUCUGGGAUCACCUUCAUGUGUACUGGUCUGUGUUCUCUCAGCGCCUGCUCUCUGUACGCUCACAGGAUCACGUCUGAGUUUUUCGACCCCAUGUUUGUUGCGCAAAAGUAUGAACUGGGCGCUGCCUUGUUCAUCGGCUGGGCCGGAUCGACUCUGUGCAUCCUCGGAGGGGCGCUCUUCUGCCUGUCGCUGUCUGAUGGCAUGAGCAGCAACAACUCACCGUAUCCAUCGGACAGAAGAGCUUUCGUCAACAGCGGAGCAUCUUUAAUGUCUCGUGCGAUGCCACAGAGUCAGUCGUCUCACACCAGGAGACCUCCGCCAGAAUACAGCGGCACUUCCAAACACUUCGACAAAAACGCCUACGUAUAACACACACGGCUGACUUCAGCCAUCCACGCCUCAUUCACACCUCCUCCUUCUGAUGUCUAAUAUCUCACUGGUAUCUUUUGUUAGCUUAUUAAGUGUCUUUGGAGGCCAGCUCAGAUGACUUGUACAGAUGCUGUAAUUGAAGUUUUGGUCAGGAUUAUAAUUUGCUAUAUUGAAGACUCUGGCAUUUGUAAUGUGAUUUCAGCACUACAUUUAUGUUUACGCAGCGCUGCAUGAGAUUAUGUCAUCUGUUGAUAGUUGUGCUGUACUCGACCAGUUUUGGGUGACUCAUGGUGGUUGAUCAAAGCAGGCCAGAUUGAAUUAUGUUUCUGGAAACUGUCAAAUGAAAUAACACUUCAAUACAGAUUUGAGUUUCAAUAUUGUCUGAAUUUCUAACAUUGAAGAUUGUGUAGCCUGUAUUGCCAAGUCUCAGU